CAUGCCGAACAAUUGCUGACCAAUGCAUAAUAUUUCAGUGAAUGACAAGCCAACAGGAUAGUUGAGUGAAUACUCACUCUUGACUGACUGCAGUCCAUAUACAAGCUGAGAAACAAGCAUGGCUAAUAACUCUUUCUAUGAUUUCUCUGCUGAGACACUGGAUGGAGAGGAGGUUCCGCUCAGCUGCUUCAGGGGUAAAGCUCUUCUCAUCGUCAACGUGGCCACUUUCUGAGGGUCAACAAUUGAGGAGUACCACCGGCUGAAUGCACUGAUGGAAAUGUUUGGCAACCUCAACUUCACUGUUUUAGGAUUCCCCUGUAACCAGUUUGGUCUUCAGUCACCUGAAAUGAAUCAUGAAACUCUUCAUAUUCUAAAGUAUGUGAGACCUGGUGGCGGCUUUGUUCCAAAGUUUCCCAUUUUUAGUAAGGUCGAGGUAAAUGGACUGAAUGAAGAGCCUCUUUUCUCCUUUUUAAAGGAAUCUCUGCCAUUUGUUAAUCCUGUUAUUGGAGACAUAAAAAAGUUUUACUGGUCUCCAAUCAAAGUCAAUGACAUUAGAUGGAAUUUUGAGAGGUUUCUCAUUGAUGCAGAUGGCACCCCCAUCAAAAGGUAUGAGCUACACUACCCCUUUGAGAAGGUGGAGAGGGACAUAGCAGAACUUCUUAAGUGAACUUUCUGCAAUUUGUCGCCGGUGGC